AUGAAAGUUGUCAAGAAAGCGGUGCCCAAUCGAAAGGCAUCCGCCAAGAAAAACGACAAGGCUGGGAGCAAAGCUUCAACGAUCAAGAAGAGCACUACCGCCGGUACCAAACCAAGUCGCAAGAGGGGUGCAGCUGGAGGAGGAGGCGCAGCAGGAGCUGCAGCAGCGGCCAGCGAUGACGAGGAUGACUUUGUCAAUCGUAGAGCCAAGAAACCCAAGACAGGCCGUGUCGGCAGAACCGCUGGGAAGAACUACCCUCCAGAGAUUCAAGCCGCGCUGGGCAGAGCUCGUAUGCUGUACGUCAAGGGCAAGGUGGUCGAAGCAUCGACAGAGCUCUCUGAAGUCGUGAUCCAGUGCUCGUCUAUUCCAGAGCCGUAUGCGCUGCUGGCGAUGAUUUACCAAGACGGCGGAAAACACGAAGAAGCGCUCAUGUUCUACAAGCUCGCGUGUGCUCGCGACACGAAGAAUUGGGGCAAUCAUCAGGAGGUCGCUCGAAUCGCAGGCAUUCUCGGGGACCACACGUCCAGGCUCGAGGCUUUGAAGGUGCUGGCCCGCCUCCGACCCAACGACCUCAACGUUGCAAUCGAAAGGGCAAGAUGCUUGCUGGAGCUCCAGAAACCCAAACAGGCGUUGGACGUUUACGCGAAGGCCGCCAAGCGCUUCCCGAGGAAGCUGGACAUCUACCUUGACCUCGCGGAGUGCGUUGAGUGCGUGUCUCCUCAGCAGAACAUCUUCGUGCACCAGGCCUUGGCAUCCUGUCUGCGGCGAGUCGUCGGGAAAAGGUAUCUCGGGCCAGACGUCAGGGAUCUCGCGGACGGCUUCUCGGCCAGGCUCCGCGAAAUCAAGCUCGAGCACCCCAAACCGAAGCGCCUGCCAGCGCGCAGGCCGGGGCUGCCGUCCAAGCGUGAGGGCGAGGUGGCCAUGACGGCGACCGCUCUCCUCGUGGGCAAGCUCAUGGAGAGCCGCAAGAGACAAGAGCCGCAAUACGAGGUCGCUGUGCAGGUAGUUGAGGGCCUCGGCAGCUGGCUCAACUCAUGCCACCAGAUAGCUUGCCGUGACGACCUCGAGUACGAAUCGGGGGAAGGAGGGGAAGAUGAGCUGGAGAACGAUGGAGAACUUGAUAGCGACAGUGACGUGCGAGACAGCAAUGAUGACGGCACCGACGACGAGGAGGACGAAGGGUCGAAUUUAGACCGAGAGGGCGGCAGCGAGGAUGAGUUGGACGGUAACGGCAACGACGAAGAGGAGGAUGAACCCAUGGACAAUUUCGAGCUGGACCCCGAAAUUGUGCUGCGCUAUGGCAUCUGCCAGCUUUACUGUGGCGAGAAGGAGAAGGCGGACAACGCCCUCCUUUUCCUGAAGGAUGAGGAAGCCGACGGGCCUCACGGCAAUAUGAUGUUGGAGGUGGCCAAGGUUUACGCCGAGACGGGUUAUCUAGUAGAGUCGCUAGAACUUCUGCGAAACGUAGCACAAUCCAAGCACCCUCGCCACCGCCUGGCCAGCAUUCAGCUCGGUGCAGCGUACGCAUCCCAGGGAAAGCACGAACUUGCCUCGGAUACCUAUACCGUCGUCCUGGCAGAGCGCCCACACCACGCCGCAGCUCUAGCAGGGAUAGCGGAAGCUGCGUACUGGCGAGGAAAGGGUACUGUUCCUGCUGCUCUGUCGGCGUUGACGACAGCCGUGAAGAGAGCCACUAAGACUUGGACGGACGGCGGUCUGGCGGCUUUCCCAGCAGAGGAUGAUGACGAAGGUGAAGACGCCACCACUUUCCAGAGACUGCAGCUUCUUAUGCAGUGGGCCACGCUCAGCCUCAUGGAGAACAACAGGGCAGACUUCGCGUGCGUGGCGGUUCCCCUGGUUAGCGUCGCACUGGGCCAGCUGGUGCAGCGGCAAGAGUUUGAACAGCAGAAGCCACCGCCUGUGCUGGCGGUUCGCUCGCCGGAGACAGCACGAGGCGGUCGGGCAGGACCGACCAAGCCAGGGACACCAGCUGGCUCCAAGCAGGGCGAACAGGUGAAAGAGGUUGGAGAGGGCGCGGGGGCUAUGAGCGACCAGGCCACCCGUGCAAAGCAGCGAAGUUUAUUGUGGAAGCCGACAAAACCAGUGCGCCGGAUUCUGGGCAAGCUGGACUGGCAGGUUGGCCUUCGCGGCGAGGUAUCCACGUUGACAUGGCGGUUGCUUGAAGCCACAGACGUUAUCGCGCAGGUCGGGCGACGCGCGGUGUUCUGGCAUUUGGUGGAGGUCGUCCGUUCUCUGAAGGCCCUUGGAAGCUCUGAUGAGGUGAAAAAAUUGGUCGAUGCAGCAUCGCAGCCGAACGGGUUACUCAGGGGAUUAGAAAAGGAAGAUCUUCAGGCGGUCGUCACCAACGCUGACACGGCUGUGCUGCGCACUAUGCCCGGCGGAUCCCCAAUUCACGGCCCCGCUUCGCGUGAAGGCUUUCUUUUGGGCCCUGCCAUCACCGGGAACCUCUCGGCAAACCCCAACGGCGACGAUUCUCCGACCGCGGUUGCUCUCAUGUCCGAGCAGUACUAUCCCCCGCCUUGGCGGUGUGUCGAAGAAAAGGAUGACGAUGGGUUGCCCCGUCGGGCCGGGCGCGAGUGGCGUCCUCCCACGCGCUCCCUGCAUGGUACCGGUCAGCGCCGAAGCCGUGGUCGCGCUCUGAUGGAGCUGGACGAGCGGAAGGACGACGGGGACGCCAUAUGCACGACCGUGCGGGCGCUGUCUAGGAGGCCGGGAAACGACGCCAUGUGGAACCUUAUGCAGCGAGUUGCGAUGGAGCGCGGAGUGGAACAAGCGGAUGGGGGUUUCCACGGGGAGCAGGUUGAGGCGCUGGUAUCGCGGCACCGUGAGCGCCCCCAGGGGCUCCUACAUCGGGCCCACGACGCCGCUAUCUGGAAUCGAGCCAAGCACGCGCUGAAGCUGUACAGCCAUGCGCACGCGACGCGCCCGGAAGAACCGCUCCCGAUACUUUGCCUCGCCAUGCACAUCUGCCGCACGGUGACGGUCAUGGAGACAAUGGUGGAGAACGAUGGCGUGUGCGUACUGCAGGCUCUUGCUUGUCUGCACCGCUACGCCCACUUGCGCAAGGAACGGGCGCAAACCGCUGGCGAAGACGAUCCCACGGUGGCGAGCACCAGCGGCUCGGCUGAUGCCACGAUUCCGGAGGCUGUUUUGGAGCAAGAAAUUAUGUACAACCUGGGUCGAGCGUACCACCAGGUGGGACUGCCAGAGCUCGCGAUGGAGUACUACAGCAGAGCCCUGCAGGUGAAGGAAGAACGCGGGGACGAGUUGCGAAGCUGGCAGGGAAGCGAUGAUGGAGUCACGAAAGAAACCGCUCACAACAUGUGUGCGCUGUACAAGAGAAACGGGCAGACUGCGAUGGCUCUUAGCGUUCUCAACAAAUAUCUCGCCGUGGGUUGAUUUUCCUUACAGAGGGUAGACACCACUGUUGUUGUUCGGGAGGAAGGGAUAAAAUUGUUAGGAAGUGGCGGGCAUGAGGCGACUCGUGCAUACCACGAGUACCUCGCUCAUUGAAGUCGCGAUCAAUUUUGGUUGCGUUUUUGAUGUUUCCGUGUUGCUUCUAGCAUUGGCGUUUGUGUGGCACGCGCUGUGUGGAGGCUAACGAUGUUGAAUCUGUAAAUACCAGGCAGGGGCGAGGGAUAAGUCAUUGGCAAGUGGGCAAAUGCGCCAACGUUGGGCUGGGAGAUUACGUUCCCAGCAUUCACUCUUUUUGUUUUUGUGGCGGAUCGCGGCAGGCCUUCCAGAGUGCAGAAUGUGAGGUACGCAAUGAACAACCUCCUCUCAUUUUUCAACUAAUUUCAUGAGUUUCGGAAGUGUCUUUCGACGUCGUGGAGGUUAUCUGCUUUUUGUGGCGAGGCACCUGGCACUGAAGCUGUUUGGUGCGAGUGCGUCGGCGUAGCACUUGGAGUUGAAUGCGCCACCAAAGGUUUACGUGACCCGUGCUGCCCAGUCGAUAAGCAGCAGCUUAGUUCCGGUUGGGCAAGAGGUGGCGAACACGGUCGGUAUUUAGUAAGAAUCAAGGUCUACACGAUCUGGUGCUGUCUUAGUUUUAACCACUCCGGCGCAAUGGUGUUAGGCAAAGGUGCUCAACCCGCCCUUCGUGUGUCCUCUGCGGGGUUUGUAGCUCGGUGAGGGGUCUUUUUGUGCAAGUAACGGUGUUGGGAUUGGUCCUGCCGUUUAUGAGUGUGAUAGGAAUGAAUGGUAACUGACGCAGUUGUAGUAUUCUUGAUAUGUGAUUCGAUGCUUGGGCGUCACCAAAACAAAUGGUACUGAAGUACGAAGAAUAAGGGGGGGUAAGAGG